GAGGGAGAGAGAAAGUGAGACAGAGACUCUUUGGCGAAGAUCAUCGAACGAAAGAGACGAUCGAUCCAGGAUCGAUCGCGAGGAUAAUCGUUAGUCGGCGGGCGCGAGUCACAGAUCGGUGACACUUCGCGCUUCUUAUUUGAAGAGAGUUGAUAAUCUCGAAAGGUUCUCUCCGUUGAAGCGUUGAACUGAAGUCAGAAGUAACUGAGAUGUUCGGUCCGUGGACCCGUUUUCCAAGGAAUCCUUUCAAGUUGAGAAUAUAUCAAUGGGGAGACAUGAUCCGCACGUAUGCGGACAAGUAGCGGAAGAUUGACCGUACCGAAGCUGAGAUAAUCGAAGCCAAAGUUACACGUAUCGCGGAUACGAGACGGAUGCCAACAUCACGUUUUCAGUUCCAGCGGGGCCGAAUUAUUCUUACGCUCUUAGUGAAGAAGAGGAAGACGGCGAAGGAAAUUUGUAGAAAUACACGCAGUUCGCGAGAUCGUUACUGAAGAAAUCGAUCAUAUCGUAGCCAUGAACCUCGCGCUGCAUGGAUUUUUGCUGCAGGUUUUAUUGUCGAUCCUCAACUUUCAUCAUGGCCGUUUAUUAUUAUGCAGCGCGGGGGAACCUGGCUAUCUGGACUUCGACAACCUGCCGGAGACGAAUUUCUCGUGUCAGGGGAAGGUGAUUGGCGGUUACUACGCGGACGUCGAGGCGGGCUGUCAAAUGUUUCACGUCUGCACCAUCGGUCAGAAAGACGAGAUUAUGGACAUAAAGUUCCUCUGCCUGAACGGGACCGUCUUCGACCAGGAGACCAGGGUCUGCGAGAGGGUGGACGAGGUCGACUGCAGCAAGAGCGAGCGAUUCUACAAUCUGAAUCUGGAGCUCUACGGCAAUAAUGCGGUGACUCUCAGUUUGCACGAGAACGACGACGAGGACGACCUGUCGGAUCCGGUGGAGGAUCAUCAACCGCGAACGACCUCGGCGCGGCCCAGCACGACCUCCACGACCAGCACGACCACGUCGCGGCCGAUCAAGCCGUCCACCACGGCCGCCAGCGGCUCUUUCCAGCACCCGACCGGUUAUCCGCAACACUAUCAGCCGCAGCCGCCGUUCCCGCAGAUCCACACGAGCCAGUCCAAGUCGCUGUACGACGACAAGAACGGCGGCUACCACCACCAGUACAUCUUCCACAGCGGCGAACGCGAGCGCAACAAUCAGGCGACGUCCUAUCAAUUGUUCAGCAAUCAGGGUGUCAGCUCGACGACCGUCCAGCCGCCACCGCCACCGCCGCAAAUCCACCAGAUCAGGUUCAGCUCGACGGUGGGCCCGCAGAUCAUUCACAACGAGCCGUCGACCGUGACGCCGCUGUUCCACGCCACCUCCUCGACGAUCCAGACGCUACUCAACAGCAACGCCAACAGCCCGGCCUUGAUCAACCCUAUCUUUCACAAUCACGGCAUCGCCAGCACCACCGAACAGUUCACCGUGCACAGCAACAAUCCGCGCGAGACCUCCGACUAUCGCGACGACGACGAUCAGGAGCAGAGGCCGUUGGAGGCGAUACAGCCGACGAACAAGGGGAAGCUUUCCAAGCUGUCGAUAUCACCGAUCCCGAGUCAGCAGGAGUCGUCUCGACCCGUGCAGACGAAGACGGGUCAAGGGUCGCAGCAGCAGAGAAUACCCAACAACUUCCUACCAACUCCGACCACCAUCGAGACUACCGUGAGGUCCUUCUACCCGACGCCACGACCUUCGGCCAAGUCCUCGCAGUCGCAGUCGCACUCGGUUACUCAGCAAGUCACCCAGCAUAUCCACGUGUCGCCAAGCGUGACGAUACCGCAGCUGAAGCCACAUCAGAUCACCAUUAACCUGCCGCCGCCCGACAUCCAAAGAAUCGUACAGAACCCAUCACCUCUUUUGCCCUCGCAGUCGAGGGUGAUCGUCACUGCGAAAGCCAGCGUGAGCGACGAGUCCGGCAGGCCUCUCAACACCACGCAGCUGGUGACGCUGCCGUUGCCGACCAUACCGGCGAGCUACGACGACUACAAGGAGGGCGACGAGUCCUUCGAUCCUUUUUACCGCGACGUGCCGAAGAUUCGCAAGAAUCGUCGAGCCCUGAAAAACGAAGACGACGAUGUGAGAACGAAGAGCAGACGGAGAAAAGGGAAGAGGAAGAGGCGAUCACUUGAUCAAGCUUAUCGCUUCAUUUAUGAUGCGAACAGUCGCCGAGAGAACGACUCGAAGGAGGACGAGUCUUCCCGUCGGGAUGCAGAUAACGCGGCGAACGAGGCAAGGACACGCGCCGAGAUCGAUAUCGGGGAUUUCCGGGCUAUUAAAGAGAGUCUCAUGAGAUUCAGGGAUAUCCUGUUCAGCGACGAAGUGGACAGUGUGGAUUCUUACAGCGACGUCGCCAGGGAGAUUGAAGGCGAGGCUGACGACGUCGGGAACGAAGACGGCGACAGUCUCGACGUGAAAUUUACGAAGCAGCCGAAAGAUAACGCGAUAAGAAGGCCGGCGUCUCUGGAGGACCUGAAGACGGAAGCUGCGAAGCAUUUAGACCUGAACGAAGAGGAAGACUCGGACGAGGAAGAAGACGUCGAGACGAGCGACGAAGAUCCGAACGAUGAAACAAAUACCGAAGAGAUAAUCGGCGAGAAAAAAGGCGCGCUGAAAGUGGAAGUUAUAUCAAUACCUGAAGUUAAUGAUCAGCCUUCGUCAACAACUGCUCCUUCCGAGGGGAACAAGCCUCAACAAGAUGUCAUAGACGUGAUAAUCCUCGAUGAUGACAAAACAAAAUCCUCGUCUUCGAGUUCCGACGAUAUCGUGAAAACUUCCACGGGUGAUGGGCCCAUCGAGAUCAUCAUUGAGGAGGAGACGAAAUCCCGCUCGCAGGAUCUGCAGAAAACCACCGAGAAAACCACACAGAACGGGCAAGUCGCGGAAUACGCAACGAAGGCCGAAUCGCCGAAGCAGCCGAGCGCUUCAGUGACCAACGCGGAGGGGAGUCAACCGGAAACCGGAGAACGAAAGUUCAGUUCGAGGAGGAAGGCUACGCGACCGAGGUCCUCGAAGAGACGCAUAUCCUCGAGAGUGAAGCAGCAAAGGCCGGUGCGCGUCGACGCGGAGGAGGAAAUCCGACGGAAGGAAGAAGCGGAUGAAACGACGACAACGUUGACGACGACGACGACGACGACGACGACGACGACUAGUACAACUACCACCAGUAGCACCACCACCACUACGACUACCACCACACCUCCGCCCAUCACGCCUCUCGAGGCACAAGUUGUCGAACGGAUCGACAGCCACAUUUUCCAGGAAUUGGAGUCGCAAACUUCCAAAGAGGUGGACACACGAGCGGUCGGCCAGCACUCUGCGACGUACUCGAAGAGCUCGCUGGAUAGCAAAAGCCAUGACGUGAGCAAGAGCGAGGAGAUGGAACGACCGUUCGAUCGCCAAAUCACGGAGGACUACAGUGAGGAUCGAGUACAACAUGUCGACAAGCUCGAAGAAGAGCCAGAAACGGAAGCACCAGAAACAGAUUACACGCAGAACACCAGCUCGGAAGAUACAAACUUCACCGAGGAUUCAGGAGGCGCAGAGGAUCCGCCGCGAAGCGCCGAGACAGGAUUGACGGAAGUCGCAGACGCUCCCGAAGAGACAGAAUCGUUCGUCGAGGAGUCUCCUUUCAGCGAACACGAGACUAUAAGCGAGGAAUCUGUCGCAAAGGUGAACGACCAGGAGUCCGAGGAAAAUCUGGAAGAAGUGCCGAACAAGAUAUCCUUCUCCCAGGAAGCUGUGGUCUCCAGCGAGAACACCUUCCAUCAAGAGGAAUCAUCCCGUCAGGAGGAGGACGAGGAAAGCGAGAAGCCAAGCACUCCGAAGGACGAUCUGGAAGAAGAGGAGGACUCCACAACGAUGAAGAUACGCUUGAAAGAGUCCAUUUCUGACGAGGAGUCAAACGAGUACCAGGACACGACGGAUGCGUCUGCGAAAAACACGCAUGACGUCAGCACCCAGGAGGAUUACGAGGAACCGGGGAGUACCGAGUACUCCACCGUGCCAGCGGACUACACAAGCUUCGAUGAGUACACUGAUCCCCGAGAAGACGUCGUGGACUCGACUGAAAGCAGCACCGAGGGUGUCCUGAAAUUCACGGAUGAGCUGCCCAGAUUGGAGCACACGGAGAACACCAAAGAGCCGUCGAUGGAGUCGAAGCCCUACGAGUUCAACGCGUACGAUUACGUCGACGAUAAUUACGAGCGGGAGACAGAAAGUCCGCCAGUCGGGGAGUCUCCCUCCAAUGAGCAAGAAGCUGUGAGCGACGAAUCUCUCACGAAGGUGAACGAUCAGGAAUUCAACGCCUACGAUUACGUCGACGAUAAUUACGAGCGCGAGGAUUACAAGCAGCUGAUAUUCAAUAUUCAGUUAGGUGACUAUAACAAGGAGAAGAAUCAAGAGAAGGAAGAGAAGAAUCAAGAAAUGGAGAACGCGACUGAAAAAAAUCCCGAUCGCGAGGUGGACGACAGCGUCGAAGCGGAGACCCAGGCGGAGCAUAUAGAGGCUGUCACAGAAGUAAUGGGUCUCAAGGAAACUGCAAAUCCGACUACGACUUCAUCCACCGCCGCAGCAACGUCUAUCCCAAUGACAUCUACGACGGCGUCUACAACGACGUCUACAACGACGGUGCCUACGACGUCACCCACGACAGCUUCUACGACGCCAUCUACAACGCCAUCUACGACAGCAUCUACGGCAGCAUCUACGACAGCAUCUACGGCAGCAUCUACGGCAGCAGUAUCUACGACAGUAUCUACGACAGUAUCAUCCACAACAUCAUCUACGACGACACCUGUAACGGAAUCAACAACCAUGACGACGCCCACGAUCGCAACGAGCACUACGAGUGCGACUACACCCCGACAGACAAUUACUACUCUUCGUCCUACACCGCCGAAACUCUUCAAGCCUGUCUCCGGCAGGAGGACUUACGCUUACGUUCCCCCCACGACAACCCCCGUGCCGGUUGUGAUCAAACCCAGACUAGGUCUGUAUAACCCGAAACCGGCGAAGCCACCCAAAUCCUACAAUGAGCUGGCACCGAAGCCGGUCAUCAGAAAGCUACCUCUGUUAUCGCGUAAAUCCACUACUACCACCACCAGCACCAGCACCAGCACCGUAGCUACCACGAUCAUGGACAAGAUAAACCCGGAGAAUCAAGAUACCACGACGGAAUCUGCAACUACGACGACGAUGAUGACGGCACCGAAAACAUCGAUGACGACUGCGACCACGACUACGACGACCACAACGACGGAGUCCAGUAAGAGCGAAGAGAACGUGCUCGAGAGCAAGUUGGAAGCCAGGGACCACGAGCCUUUAUCUCUCGAUCUCUCCCCGAAGAGAGACGCUAACAAGGAGGACCAAUUUCCUAGCCCAUCCGAGCAGGAUUCCCCCGUCAACUCUUCGAGAGACCCAGACUUGCACAUCCCCGUCAAGGAGAUCCAGUCCUUCACUCCGUAUCCUUUAACCAGACUGGCCACCUUGACGACCUCCACCGAGCAGACAGCGAAGGAAGCAGAGAGCAAGCUACAUGAAACUACGGAGAGCUACGACAUCCUCACGACGUCCAUCUUGCCGACGACGCUUCCUUCCGAAAGGUCUGAAUACAUCGAAGCAAAUACCGAGAUGUAUUCGGAGGACACUGAAGCCGCCACCAUGGCAGCCUCCACGAAAACUUACCAACAGGAUGUUGUCACCGAGACACAGCCGGACCGCAGCGAACAUCCGACGACUUCAGCCUCACUCUCGACGACCGUCCUCUUCAAAGCUGAAGAGCACGCCUAUUCCGACGCGACGACGGAGUCGACGGCUUUCCGGCCGAGCAAGCGGAAGCCCGUGAGUCCUCCACGGAAUCACGCAAGUUUCAACUGCCUGGAGAAGGAGAUGUAUCGCUUCUACGGCGACACCAGGGACUGCCGGUUGUUCCAUUACUGCUCGCCGGGCUUCACGAAGCGGCAAGUGCUGGACUUCCGGUUCGUGUGCGAAGAGGGCACGGCGUUCGACGAAGAGACGCAAAGCUGCCGGCACGACGUGCGCAACCGGAAGUGCCAGAACCGUUCCUGAUGAGAGGGACUGAGAGGGAGGGAGGGAGGGAGGGAGGGAAGCGACGCGACGGUGUGACGUACACGUUUCCUCCGAUAGCGUUGAUUUUGGUAAUUCGUGAAUCCUAGGACUCUCCUUAGUGUAUUUAUAUAAUUCCUAACAUAUAAGAGCAGCCCCCGCCCCCGUCCCGCCCGUGGAAGAGGGGCUACCGCCUCUCGCAAGCAUUGCCAUAGCGCCUCGCCGAGCGCUGGAUUCACACUUAUUAAAAUUAACAAGCCUCCGAUCGGCCCCGGAUCCCGUCGCGUCGACUGGACCAAGGGAGAAGCGAGGUCACGCCGAGGAGUCGCUGAGCGAUGCGGAACGCCAACCCGGUCCGCUUCUCAACGGGAGGAAGCGGAUCGCGCCUAGUGUGUUAAGUUCAUCGACGUAAGAAUGUCUGGACCGAGCGUUUCACAAGGAAGAGUUCUGAAUAGCGAUGUAGAGGUUAGUUACCGGACUAUUGGGCUGCUUCCUUCGCGGUUCUUCUUCAGACGUAAGGUGAAUGUCUCAAUUAGCCACCGUGUAGAAAUAAAGUCGUGAGAACAAAGUAACAAAUUAAUAGCUCGCACGUGUUGAACUAAAGGUUUGAAGCUUCCAUGCUUGGUCCGGACAUCAUCUCAUGCUCGAUGGUUAAGUUAGAAAGCGAAGAAUCGGUUCCUACAAUGUUCUCGAAGCGUAGGAGGGAUUAGAAAAGAAGAAGGUAAAGAGCGAGGGGUGAAUUUUUUUCCCGCGACUGUUUCACAAACGAGAGAAUCUCUGAACGUUGCCGAACACAUUGCCGAAGAAAGUACAGCACGGUUGUUCUGUUAGCGCCUUGCCUGUAACGCGAUAUACAUUAACAAUUUUCGGGGAGAAAGCAGCCUCUUUCUCGAUCCCUCGAUCGAUCGAUCAGUGUAGAAUCAAAUAUAUUUAAACGAAACGAAACUGCACGAAGAUACAUGUUUUUCGUGAAAAUAUACACGAUUCCGAUCGCAUGAAGCAGUGAUAUUCAGAUUUCUUCGCACGCGCCCGAAGAUAUUUGAAGAACGACCUUUAGCCCAAAAAUAUCUUUGGUCUCUCUUGCAGAGAACUGCGUUUAGUACACACGUUUCACGUCACGUAUGCCUUAUCAUUGCGAAUAAAUUGCAACUAGACUUAAUUAGAACUUUAGGGUUACGCAAUUUUUACGCGUAUAUAUGUAAGGCUGAAAGUCGUGUAACCCUCGAUUAGAGGGACGCUAAGGCAUGCGUGCCAACCUGACUAUACGUUAAGGAGAAUUUCCGCUCCCCAUCGCGUAUCGUAAAAUUUGAAUAUCACAGAUAUGGACGAUCGUCUCGCUUGUCGCGAUCGUCGGAUUAAGUCUUCGUGGAAUCCGAGAAUCUCGCGACCGCGGAAGAAGUAUCGUUGCUCAAACUUUUUCUAGACACGAAGGAACGCAGGCGUCUCGUUCUUUCCAAGUAUCGAAAUGUGCAAGACGCAGUCGAUUUAAUGACGCGCGCCACGACAAAACGCGUCGUCAUGCGUGUGCAAAAAGCCACGGGGAGAAGAAUCGCGGUACGCACGAUUCGUAUGGCGUACUCGCUGCAAUGUCUAUCUCGCUACACAGCACCGCCAGUUACGUGCGACGUCACUGGACUCGCGUUAUUUCUCGCGAAUGCCCUUAAUUUCCUACUGUCAAUUAGCGCGCUCCGAUCACGAGCGCGAAGCGGGCGCACCUUUAAGUCAGUCGCAGGUAAACGUAUGUAGAUACAGAUCCUUACGGAUCAUUUAGCGGCUUAGAUAGAAUUUAGGAAAACCACGCGUGUCCCUAAGUGAGCCUGUAACUCGUUAAUGAUCAUGUUCAUGUGUGUGUGUGUAUGUGUGUGUGUGUGUGUGUGUGUAUAAAUAUAUUAUAUGUUGCGUGUAUCUCCGCAUCCUUACACGCGCGCAUUUGGAUGACGUGUGUGUCCGAAAUUACAAUUAUUAUAUUUUCUAAGGAAUUGUACCAUGUCAAUAAUAAAUGUAUAUUCUCUAUGUAGGCUCUCUCUUACCCAAGCGGUUUGUGAUCAGGACGUCAAUUAGUGAACUCGGUGAUUAACAAUAGCUCGUACAUAUUUAGGUUUCUCUGCGGUUCAGUAACCACGCGUGAUCCUCGUUAUUUUGGGCUCGUCGUAUUCAUUCUUUAUUAUCCCGAGUGCUCUCUGAUACUGAAAUUACUUACUGAAGAAUGUUACGUUUACACCAUUAAAGAUCAUUUGAAUCACGUUUUACGUUUAAUGACUUUUUGCUCACCCGCGAUCGAUAUUGUAGAAUAUUGUAGAAUUGUAGAAAUAAUCAAGA